AUGUCGGAUCCAUACCACCAAUAUUACUACAAUAACCAGAACGAUCAUCCCCAGUAUGACUACUAUGGUCAUGGUCAGCAAGCUGCUGGAUACAGAUACGGAGAUCCCCCUGGCGGUUAUCCCUCACCACAAUACCAGCAAGAACAGCCUUCGCAGUAUGCACACAACCCGACUCCUCCUACCAACAAUCAGUAUGCGAACCCAUUCCCCGGCAGCUAUCCUGCACAAAAUCAGCCAAGCUAUGCACCUCCCUGCGACGCAAGGCAACCAGGUGGAGAAUAUUGGCAUGAGCAGAACUCGCCUUAUCCACCACAGCCUUCGCAUCAGCAAGGCCAGAAUGCGUCCUACUAUCAAACGCAGUCAGAGCCUGUUCCUCCGACAAACCCAUCCGAGGGUGAAAAGGGUUUUGUCUCGAAUGCAGCAGGCGCGGUAGGUGGAGGCGCUUUAGGUCACAAACUGGGAGGUGGGAUGCUCGGUGUCGCAGGAGGUGCAUUGGCAGGAGCUGCAGGCAUGAGUAUCGCAAGUAAACUACGUAAGAAGCAUAAGAAGAAGCACCAUGGCAAGGGUUCUGGUCGUCGGUCAGCGUCAAGUUCGAGCUCCAGUUCCAGCUCAAGCUCGAGUUCAAGUUCCUCUAGCGAUAGUGAUUAG